GUUGUAUCUUGUCAAACCGGUACUGCUUUCAAACGAGCAUUAGAUGCUCACCUAUCCAUAUAAGUGUGUUGUUUGUUUGUUGUUUUUUUGUUAUUGAUUUUUUUUUUAUACUUCCUUCUCGCGGUUCUUAUCUUUUCUGCGUGGUGGCACUGCAUUUACAAGCCUUUGGGUUUUUUGUACUUUCCUUUGUUGCGAGAUAUUUUCUUGGGCAUAAAAUACAAUUUCAAGUUCAAGUUCAAGUUUCUGAUUAUUCUUGGACCGUGUGUUAUAUUAUAUUAGGCGAGUACGAGAAAUUAUGAGAGACUAGAUCCUGUACACUAGAUUUGUAUUGAGAAAAACGUUUCUUCUUCGAUUUUUAUAUUUAAUAAGACUUAUUUGAGCUACCCUUCUUUCUUCCAUCGGUGAUGUGUUUGUUCCUAUAACCAAUAGGCUUCUAGCUGAAAAUUUGUCUUCAGAUAAAAUUUAUAAAUGCCGGACUAUCUAGGCGAUGAUCAACGGAAGACAAAAGUGAAAGAUGAUAAAGAAGAGGAUAAACCAGUUAAAGCACUUGAUGAAACUGAAAUUGCUCUUCUAAAAUCAUAUGGAGCGGGACCAUACGAUAAAGCAAUUAAACAAACAGAAGAAGAUGUACAAUCAACAUUAAAACGUGUCAACGAAUUAUCUGGAAUCAAAGAAUCAGAUACAGGCUUAGCACCACCGGCUUUAUGGGAUCUCGCAGCCGAUAAAACCGCAUUACAAAUAGCAAGAUGUACGAAAAUUAUCAAUGAAGGCAGUGAAGAUGCUAAAUAUAUCAUUAAUGUCAAGCAAUUUGCGAAAUUCGUCGUCGAUUUAGCUGACACUGUAUCUCCAACAGAUAUUGAAGAAGGCAUGCGUGUGGGUGUCGAUCGAAAUAAAUAUCAAAUUCAUCUUCCAUUACCACCUAAAAUUGAUGCGUCUGUAACCAUGAUGCAAGUUGAAGAAAAACCAGAUGUAACAUACAGUGAUGUUGGAGGAUGUAAAGAACAAAUAGAAAAACUUCGAGAAGUUGUUGAACUGCCACUUUUACAUGUAAACAUGAAAUAUUUGGUCUCUUACAGUGUUCUACUGUAUGGACCACCAGGUACGGGAAAAACGUUAUGUGCAAGAGCAGUUGCUAACAGAACGGAUGCUUGUUUUAUUCGUGUAAUUGGUUCUGAACUUGUACAAAAAUACGUUGGUGAAGGUGCUCGUAUGGUUCGCGAACUAUUUGAAAUGGCACGUGGAAAAAAGGCUUGUAUUAUAUUUUUUGAUGAAGUUGAUGCUAUUGGCGGUGCACGGUUUGAUGAUGGAGCUGGUGGAGAUAAUGAAGUUCAACGUACAAUGUUAGAAUUAAUUAAUCAAUUAGACGGUUUCGAUCCGAGAGGAAAUAUAAAAGUACUCAUGGCCACAAAUCGUCCAGAUACUCUUGAUCCAGCUCUAGUACGACCUGGUAGAUUGGAUAGAAAAGUUGAAUUUAAUUUACCUGAUCUUGAAGGUCGUACACAUAUAUUUAAAAUUCAUACAAAAUCAAUGAGUGUUGAAAAAGAUAUUCGUUAUGAAUUGUUAGCUAGAUUGUGUCCGAACAGUACAGGUGCUGAGUUACGUAGUGUGUGUACUGAAGCUGGAAUGUUCGCUAUACGAGCUAGACGGAAAAUAGCCACAGAAAAAGAUUUUCUAGAAGCAAUCAAUAAAGUUAUUAAAGCCUAUGCCAAAUUUAGUUCAACACCAAGAUACAUGACUUAUAAUUAA